AUGUCUGAGAAGUUUUCCGAGGUGGACAAACUACGAGUUUCGCUGUUGCAAAGUUUUGAAGCUCUUGGUGAAACCUCAACCAGCUACUUUGGAGAUAUUGCUAGGUUUGACGUUUUAACGCGGAUUGAAAAUGUUAUUCAGAAGACUAUUCACAGUUUAUCUAGGGAACAAGCACCCGUCUUGAUCUUGAAGAAUCGUUCCAGCUGGUCCAACGUGAGAUUUGACAAAUCCUUUGGUCUCCUUUUGAGUUCAGAUGCUACUAUCACAACUCUACGAAGUGACUGCCCUUCAUCUGUAACUAAGUUUGCACUGAUUUUUAAAUGCCUGUCAUCAAUUUACAAACUAGUUCAAAGUGGCUCAUAUGCAACCAAAAGAGAUAUCUACUAUAAUGACCCUCAGCUAUUUGGGUCACAGAAGACUCUGAAUUCCAUAGUGGAUGAUAUAUCAUGCAUGCUCAAAAUUCCUCGGAGGAGUCUACAUGUGCUUGCCACUUCUAAAGGAUUUAUCUCUGGUGAUCUUUGUUACUUAGAGGAGGAUGGUACGAGAGUGGACUGUAAUUCCAACUGUACUGCAGUUGCUGUGUCCUCUAAUGUCUGUGGGAUCACAAAUAUUGUGUCAUCUGCAAAGUUUGUUCUAAUUAUUGAAAAAGAUGCAACUUUCCAGAGGCUCUUGGAUGAUGAGUUUUGCACACGGUUGUAUCCAUGCAUUAUAAUAACUGGUAAAGGUGUACCAGAUGUCAACAGCAGGCUAAUGGUGAGGAAGCUAUGGGACACACUGCACAUUCCAGUGUUCGCCUUAAUGGAUGGUGAUCCACAUGGAAUUGAAAUCAUGUGCAUCUACAAGUAUGGAUCAGUGUCAAUGGCCUUUGAGGGUCCCAGUCUUACCAUUCCCUCUAUGCUGUGGCUGGGCCUAUUGCCUUCAGACAUUGAGAGACUUGGAGUGCCACAAGAGGCUCUAAUUCCAUUUACACAGGCAGAUGAGAGGAAGCUUAACAGUCUCAGAAAAAGACCUUACAUCUCUUGCCAGCCUGCAUGGGAAAGUGAGAUGGAACUGAUGAUGAGAAGGAGGAAGAAAGCUGAAAUCCAGUCCCUUGAAUCCAUUGCCCCUCACUUCCUCACCCGUGUCUACCUACCCAAUAAGAUACGUUAUGGAGACUGGAUAUGA